AUGUCUUUCCGAUCAGCUUCUUCACUUUCCUUUCAGAUGUCCUCCCAGCAGGUGCAAAUGUCCUCCCCACAGGUGGAGACCUUCCAGCACAAUCACUAGAGGCCCUCCCUUGCCCCUUCCACGAAGCCACCCCCUUCUAUCCUCGAGGUGUCCUCCCAGCAUAUGGAAACCUCCUCCCAGAUGGCCUCCUGCCAAAUCAGGACCUCCUCCCUGGGGAUGGAGAUGGCCCUGCACCACACAAAGAGCCUGACCCCAUGGGACAAGCAUGCCGUGUACAAGAACGUGAAAAAGGCCUGA